AUGAGGGCGAUGAAGGCGAAGAGGAACGCGAAGAGGGUGAACCUGACGACGACGACGGAGAAGGAGGAGGAGGAGGAGAAGGAGCUAAACGGAAAGAUAACGUGGUCCUCCGAGCCCGGUCAGCGGCGGCGGUGGCGACGGCUUGCUUCUCAGGGUCCCACGCCGUACGCGGCCUCCCGGGUGACGGAUGAGCUCUCCGCGUUCCUCCUGCUCUUCACGGCUCGGAUGGAGCAAAUCGUGCUGGUCCACACGAACCGCGAGGGCUCCCGCUCGCACGGCUCCGAGGGGGCCGGCUGGACCGACAUGGACGUGGUCGAACUGCGCGCCUACGUGGGCCUGCUCCUCCUGACUGGGGUGUUCAGGUCCUGGGGCGAGGCCGCGGUCAGCCUGUGGGACGCUGAGUGCGGCAGGCCCGUGUUCCCAGCCACCAUGCCCCUGGAGCGCUUCUACACCUGCUCCAAGGCCCUCCGCUUCGACGACCGGGCCACAAGGCCCGCCAGGCACGCCUCGGACGAACUGGCCGCCGUCAGGGAGCUGUGGGACGAGUGGUCCUCCAGGCUCCCGCUCCUCUACGACCCAGGCCGCGAGGUGACGGUGGACGAGCAGCUGGUCCCGUUUCGAGGCCGGUGCCCUUUCCGCCAGUACAUGCCCAGCAAGCCCACGAGGUACGGCGUCAAGAUCUGGGCAGCCUGCGACGCGAGGUCCAGCUACGCCUGGAACAUGCAGGUGUACACAGGCAAAGCGGCGUCGGGCGAGCAUGAGAAGAAGAACCAGGGCUUGCGCGUGGUGCUGGACGUGACGCGCGGCCUCGGUGGUGGCCGCAACGUGACCUGCAACAACUUCUUCACCUCGUACGAGCUGGCCGAGCGCCUACUGGCCCGUGACCUGACGGUGGUGGGCAUGCUGCACAAGAACAGGCCCGAGCUCCCCGCGUGGCCGGUGCACCACCGCCAUGAGGCCUUCUCCUCUGAGUUCGCCUUCACGCCCUCGGUCACGCUCGUCUCCUACGUGCCCAAGAGGAACCAGAGCAUGCUGCUCCUGAGCACCGCGCAUGGCGAUGCCGCCGUGGCUGUGGACCGCCCAGACCGCAAGCCCGAGAUACUGCUGCACUACAACCGCAACAAGGACGGCGUGGACAACCUGGACAAGCUAGUCACGGCGUACAGCUGCAGGAGGAGGACGAGGCGCUGGCCCACGGCCGUGUUCCACAACAUCCUCGACGUCUCAGCGUACAACGCGUUUGUGCUGUGGCAGGAGCUCAACCCCGAGCACGCGGCGUCGCUGCACUCGAGGCGCAACGCAAGGAGGCUGUUCCUCGAACGGCUGGGCAAAGCGCUUGUGGCCCCGCUCGUGCAACGCAGGGCUGGAGUGCCGCGUGCGCCGGCUGAGGUCGAGGUUGGAGAUGAGGCCGAUGUGGACACAGACAUGGACACGGAACUGGAACUGGAACCGGAACCAGAACUGGAACCGGAAGCUGUAGAGCAACGACGGACGCGACGCCCGGAAGGCGCGACUCGCGCGCCAAGGAAAAGGUGUCAGGUCUGCCCGCCCAGACUGGACCGGAAGACGUCGAUGGCGUGCGCACGAUGCGCCGUGCGUGUGUGCGGACGCUGCUACAUACUCUACUGCCCGGCAUGCGACCUACAAGCCCGCAGGGGAGGCAGGGAAGCAACGGAAAGAACGAUGCCACCUGAGCGACGCCGCGAAGGCUGCGCGAGGACCGCCUCCCCCUGCGCCGCCGGGUCCAGCCGACCCUGA